AUGGCACAUGGCGACUCAGGAAACGGGGAGAAGCGUCAGUUUCUGGCUGCAGUGCAGAAGUGGGCACCAGAGGGUUUAGUCAUCUCUGGCCGUAUGGUUACGGAUGCUGGGCGCAACAUGUUGGGGGCACUGAAUGCAGCAAACUUUGAGCAUGCCCUGGCCAGUUGCAGCUACCGCCGCCAGCAGAGAGCUCCCGGCCAGGUUUUAGUCAACGGAAUUGACCUUGAUGCUGCAUCCCGGCGCGGCGCGGGCCCUCUUCCCCACCCGGCAGGGCAGGCCGAAGGCGGCCGCUUCCAGGUCCUCCAGGAGGCGCGUGGUCCCGGCGAAGGAGGGGGCGGAGACUACGGCUUCCGCAAGGAGCGCGCCGCGCUGGAGGAGCUGCGGGGUCACCGCAACAUUGUGACCCUCUAUGGUGUGUUCACCAAGUGUUCUUCAGCCAAAGGCCCAUCGUACUGCCUUCUAUUAGAAUUACUAGAUGUCAGUGUGUCGGAACUGCUUGUGCAUUCCAGUCAGCAUGGCUGCUCCAUGUGGAUCACUCAGCACUGUGCCCGCGACAUCCUGGAAGCCCUGGCAUUCCUCCACCACAAAGGCUAUGUGCAUGCAGAUCUGAAGCCUCGCAACAUCCUGUGGAGUGCAGAGGAGGAGUGUUUUAAGCUCAUUGACUUUGGGCUCAGCUUUAAGGAAGGGAAUCAGGAUGUGAAGUACAUUCAGACUGACGGAUACCGGGCUCCUGAGGCUGAGCUGCAGAACUAUCUAUCUAAGGCUGGACUACAAAGUGAGACUGAAUGUACAUCUGCUGUAGAUCUUUGGAGUCUUGGAAUAGUAUUACUGGAAAUGUUCUCAGGAGUGAAACUGAAGUAUAUUGUCCAAUCUCAGGAAUGGAGGGCAAAUAAUUCCGCCAUUAUUGAUCACAUUUUUGCCAGCAAAAGUGUGGUAAAUUCUGCCAUCCCGGCCUAUCACCUCAGAGAUCUCCUCAAAAGUAUGCUUCACGAUGACCAAGAGAAAAGAGCUACUGCUGCAAAGGCCUUGUGCAGUCCCUUCUUCAGCGUUCCUUUUGCUCCCCACAUUGAUGAUCUGGUGAUGCUUCCAACUCCAGUGCUGAGACUACUAAACAUUUUGAGUGAUUCUUGUCUACAGAAUGAAGAAGAAUUUGAAGAUAUAGUGGAUGACAUAAAAGAAGAAUGUGGCAAAUAUGGACAGAUUGUUUCUCUUUUUGUUCCAAAGGAAAAUCCAGGCAAAGGUCAUGUCUUCAUUGAAUAUGCAAAUGCUGCUGAUUCCAAAGCUGCCCAGCAAGCACUGACUGGAAAGAGAUUUGAUGGCAAGUUUGUUGUGGCUACGUUUUACCCGCUGAGUGCCUAUAAGAGAGGAUAUCUUUACCAAACUGUGCUGUAGUCUACAACAGCAGUCAAGAGAGAUGCACAUACCCAAAGCUUUUGGCUUUGCCUGAGUGUUUCCCAGAGAUGGAUUCCAUCUGUGUCCACUUUCUUUCCCAUUUUGUGAUUAGCAGAAAAGGCCCAGAUGUUUUUGUUUUGCUGCAUACAGAAUCUGCCUCCCUCUGUGUGGUUGCCAGAAUAUUAUGAAAUGGAUGUCUGAGAUUAAAAGCCAAUAAGGGUUUGAUAUUUUUAAAAAUCAGGUCUCAGAAUAAUGUUAACAAUUGUGACAAUGAACUCUGAGUCAAACACUGAAGGAUUAUUGAGUAGACUGCUGCUAUCCAUGAAAUGUCACUAAAGCACCUCAUGCUUCAAGCCUGGCUGAAAAACCAGAGCAAAACCAUAGAGGUCCAAUGUCAUAAAUCCCAGCCAACCUUCUAUGCCUUUGCACAUUAAACGGGAGUGCGUUGGACUGCCUCUGCACAUACUCUUAAUGGUGUAAAUAACCAUAGUGUUACUUUUCCAUGAGAGAAAACUGUUAUUCCAAGUACAGGAUUGUUGCCCUAGAAGCAGUUCAUCUGGCAAGACGAACCUGCGGAGGUGCUCCUGGCUAUGGAGAAUCCAAAAGUGGACAAACAGUGAGUGAGUGACAAGUUUUGAUUCCACUUGUAGCUUCCAGCCAUUCCUUGUAGUUUGCAGAGCCAUUUUCCCAGGAACAAUGCUAGAGUUGAGCCAAGGCACCUUGCAGCUAAACUGCAUGUGGAAUUGUAGCACACAAUGAGAUUAGCUUUGAAAUACUCAGAAAAAUAAUUUACUUAAAAGAGAUCCUGGUUUGAAUAGGUAAUAGUAGGUACUUGGAGUUUAGUCCUUUCUGCUUUUGCUAGAUGCAGAAUUGGGAGCUCAUGGCCAAAUUAUACAUACGUAGUAGGGCAAAGGUAGAGAAAAUAGUAAUAGGGAAUCUCAUGGUGUAGUGGUUGAACUGCAGCAUUGCAGUCAGGACUGCUCACAACCUGAGUUUGAUCCUGAUGGGUGCAGGUAGCUGGUUCAAGAUUGAUUCAGCCUUCCAUCCUUCUGAGGUCAGUAAAUUGAGUUCUCAGUUCACUGGGAGACAAAAUGUUCCUUGCAUAAUUACGUUGCAAACUGCCCAGAGAGUGCUCUGGCACUAAAGGGUGGUAUAUAAGCAACACAGUUUGCUUUAAUAAGGUAACAGAUCUUCCUUUGUGGGCCUACUUGUAUUGGGCAGGGCCACACUCCCUUGAUAUCAUCAGGUCUCAAAUUAAAGCACAUCUCUAGCACUUCAGCCUAAGGGACUGGCUGCCCUUCCCUUCCUUGUUCCCUGCGCAAGGAAGGGGAACAGGAGGAAAGUACUCUUGGCCACCAAUCGCAGGUGAUGGCUGAGUCCUCAUGUUAGUUCUCACCUGGUAUCAACAGGGGAUGCAGCCUGUGAGGCCAGCGUUUUACAUUGCUCUCCCUCCAAGUUGUAAGGAUGAGUGGCCUGGAAAAAUCAUUCUCACCAUUACCUUUAGUCUCCAACAGCAAAUACCAGUGGGAGUUUCUCUCCUCUUUUAGCUUUCAGAUGGCAAGUCUUGGUGAGCUGGAAAUAUCUGUGAACCGAAUUCUGAACUGCUGUGGGUCUACAGGAUAAGUUUCUGUCUCCCUUAUAGUAGAGCCACUCCUGAUGGCUGAUCCUUUCUUUGUAUGCCUCCUUUUUCGCAUUGUUUCUCAGACAGAAUUAGCUUGAAAAAAAUGUGAAUGCUGGAUAUGUUGUUACUAUGUGCUGUCAAGUUACCUUCAACUUAUGGUGAC